UGAUACCUCCGACGACCGUCUUUUUUAUAACUCAUGGAUGAGCUUUCAGAACUUGAACGUCUUGAACAGAAGAUUACUCUGGCAUUAUAUGAGAUUGAUGCAAAUUUUAACCGCUGCCAUAGAAUUGUUACUACAAAGAUUUUACCUAUUAUUGAGGGCUAUGCUGAGCAUUCCCGGCGUAUAUGGGAGAAUUCAAAGUUCUGGAAACAAUUCUUUGAAACCAGUGCUAAUGUCUCACUUUCUGGUUAUGAGGAGUUAUCUCAAGAAAUAUCAGGUCUAGAAACAAGUAUAGAUGCAGGAGAUACAAGAGGAAUAACAGGAACAUCGGACGGAAAUGUUGCAAGCGAUGUGCUAUGGACAUCUACACCUCUUGAUAUUUCUACACCUCAUGCUACAUUACCAAUGGCAACGUCAGAUACAAUUAUUUCGUCGCCAGUAUGUCAGUCGUCAACACCAGUUGCAUCUCCAGCAACACGGGUUAAGAAGGAGAAUCCAUUGUUGCAUCGUGUUUUAGAUAGUGCAUGGCGUCUUCAGAUAACACCUCAUGCGCCUUUAGUUCAAUCAUCAAUAUCUACAUCAUCGCCAGGAUUUGGAUCAGCAUGGUUUACAAAGCCUAAUUUAGAGGUACGAGAGGAGGAGGAUGAUUUAGAUGCAUCAUUACCAGUAGGAUUGUCUCCACCAGUGACAAUGCAAUUUUCAUUACCACCGUCAAAACUAUUGAAAACGCCUGCACGGGAGGCGGCACGAUAUGUUGUAGAUGAUAUUUUACAAACGGUGGGUGCAGAAAAAAGUUCUACUCGUCCAGACAUAUUUUCACGAGUUGAUGAAGAAAGUCCGUUAGCUUUGGUUGAUCAGGGAGGAUUUAAUCGAGUAUACACUCUUAUAGAUGAAUAAACAUAUAUUUUUAGAGAAAGCGAAUGAUUUAUUUUAAACGAUAUUU